CAACAUAACAAGACGCACGAAAUAUUAAGCAAUAAUAAAUUAGAUUAUUUUGUUGGAUUUGUUCGGUUUUGUUAAAAUGAGUGUACGCGCGGUUUUUACCUGUGCGUUGAUCUGCAUCGCGGUGGAGUUGUCCUGGGCGCGAUCAGCCGGACAACCGGAGCCGGAGUACAAAAUUCAGUACUAUGUGCCGCAACAACAGUAUCUGGAACAAGAAGAAGGUGUUAGCCAUCAACAACAGCAGACGCAACAACCGCGGUAUAUCACAUCGCCGCAAGCGCAGACUUAUCAAGCUCAACAACAUGCAAGACCACAAUAUGAAGCACCUACACAUAGGGUUGCACAGUUGUUGUUACCAUCAUCAGCUGACAGACAAGUUGCAAAAGUUGCUGCCCAAACCGUAGGACCCGAAUACGCUCAACAUGUACAACUGGUCCAACAACAAGGUUUAGCCAAUGAAGCCAUCUCAACAGCUCAGCGUCGCGCGCAGGCUAUUUACCAACGCGCCCAACAACAACAAGCGCAACAAUCUCAACACCAAGCAACAGCCUCUCAACGCCAACAGUAUUUAUCUGAAGUCCCAGCUCCGAAAACCCAGUAUGUUCAAUAUGUGCCCCAACAACAAGCGCAGCAAUAUCAACUCCAGUAUGAACAACCCGAGCAGUACGUCAAGAGCACUCCAAGACCACAAUACAGACUCAGACCGCAAGCUGAAAAGAAAGACGAAGACGAACAAGAGGAACACGAUACUGAUUCAUCCUAUCAGUUCGGCUUCGAUGUGAAAGAUGAUUUGUACACCAACUAUCAGAAUCGUAAGGAACAGCGAGAGAACGGAAAGAUUUCCGGCAGUUAUUCGGUGGUCGAUUCCGACGGAUUUAUUCGAACCGUGACGUACACCGCUGAUCCGAAGGAAGGCUUCAAAGCCGAGGUUGUUAGAAAGCCGACGGAUAUCGUCGUGAAGAUCCCGAAGCCAAAGGAGGCCGUUGAGGCGGCGGCGCCACAACGCGUGCAACAUCACCAUCAAUAUGUUCAGGAAGAGGAACAGCAGUAUGUGCAACCACAGCAAUACCAAAAAUAUCGUCUUCCUGCUCAUCAGGCAGCCGCCCCCGCUGGCCAGAAACAGCAAAUUGUCUAUCAGUAUCAGUAAAUGAUGACUAGAUGAUAUUUGAGGUUAGGUCGUAGGUAGUUUUAUAAUUUAUUUAAAUUUUUGAUAUGAAAUUUAUGCCGUGGGUGAUUAUGAUACCGGAUAUGUAUAUUUUUAUAACGUGAAUGUGAAACACAAAGAUUAAAUAAGUCGUUUUUUA